GCACCAGAAACGUGAAAUUAAAAAGAAAAAAAAGUUUUUUUUUUAAAUAAUUUUAUCUGUUGUUUCUCGAGAAACACCCGCAAAUCGCAUUACUUACCCUUCAACCACCAUAAAACCUUUCGACAAUCAAGCUCAGACAAGGACUGAUUUCAACCUUACUUCAAUCCAAUUUGUGCUUAAUCCUUGCCUGGUGUUGAGGCGGAGAUCUCGAAGAUGAAGCAUCAGUUCCUUUGUUUCCUUCUCCUUCUCUCCAUACCCUUCCUUUGCGAAUCUCGAUUCGUCGUCGAGAAGAACAGCUUAUCAGUGACGUCACCGGACAGCAUUAAAGGGGCCCACGACUGCGCGAUCGGCAACUUCGGCAUCCCCCAGUACGGCGGGAGCAUGGCCGGCACAGUCGUUUACCCCAAAGAGAAUCAGAAAUCGUGCAAAGAGUUCAGCGAUUUCUCAAUCUCCUUCAAGUCUCAGCCCGGCGCCCUCCCCACCUUCCUCUUAGUCGAUCGCGGAGAUUGUUUCUUCGCGUUGAAGGUCUGGAACGCGCAGAAAACAGGCGCCUCGGCCGUCCUAGUGGCGGACAAUGUCGAUGAGCCUUUGAUCACUAUGGACACCCCUGAAGAGGACGCUGCGUCAGCUAAGUACAUUGAGAACAUCACCAUCCCUUCAGCUCUCGUCACCAAAGGCUUUGGCGAGAAGCUGAAGAAGGCUAUCAGCGGAGGGGACAUGGUCAACUUGAACCUCGACUGGAGAGAAGCCGUCCCUCACCCCGACGCGCGCGUGGAGUACGAGCUCUGGACCAAUAGCAACGACGAGUGCGGGGUUAAGUGCGAUAUGCUGAUGGAGUUUGUUAAGGAUUUCAAGGGCGCCGCGCAGAUUCUUGAGAAGGGAGGGUACACGCAGUUUAGGCCGCAUUAUAUUACUUGGUAUUGUCCUCACGCGUUUACGCUGAGUAGGCAGUGUAAGUCUCAGUGUAUUAACAAGGGGAGGUAUUGUGCUCCUGACCCGGAGCAGGACUUUAGCUCCGGGUAUGAUGGGAAAGAUGUGGUGGUUGAGAAUUUGAGGCAGCUUUGCGUUUUUAAGGUGGCGAAUGAAACGGGGAAGCCCUGGGUGUGGUGGGAUUAUGUUACUGAUUUUCAGAUUAGAUGCCCCAUGAAGGAGAAGAAGUAUAACAAGGAAUGUGCUGAUUCUGUUAUCAAAUCUCUUGGAAUUGAUAGUAGAAAACUUGACAAGUGUAUGGGAGACCCUAAUGCUGAUUCGGACAAUCCAGUUCUAAAGGAAGAACAAGAUGCACAGGUUGGCAAGGGGUCAAGGGGCGAUGUUACCAUAUUGCCUACAUUGGUUGUUAACAACAGACAGUACCGAGGAAAGUUGGAGAAGGGUGCAGUACUCAAGGCUCUAUGUUCUGGUUUUGAGGAGACGACUGAACCAGCAAUAUGCCUUAGCACAGAGGUGGAGUCAAACGAGUGCUUAGAUAACAAUGGUGGAUGCUGGCAAGAUAAAUCAGCCAACAUAACUGCUUGCAAGGAUACCUUCCGUGGAAGAGUAUGUGAGUGUCCUCGAGUUGAUGGUGUGCAAUUCAAAGGGGAUGGAUACAGCCAUUGUGAACCAAGCGGGCCAGGGAGAUGCACGAUCAACAAUGGAGGAUGUUGGCAUGAAGAGAGAGAUCGACAUGCGUUCUCUGCUUGUGUGGACAAGGACAGUGUUAAGUGCGAGUGUCCUCCAGGAUUCAAAGGAGACGGUUUUAAGAAGUGUGAAGACAUCAAUGAGUGCAAAGAGAAGAAAGCGUGUCAGUGCCCGGAAUGUAGCUGCAAGAAUACUUGGGGAAGCUAUGAAUGCUCUUGUAGCGGGGACCUUCUCUACAUGAGAGACCAUGACACUUGCAUCAGCAAGACGGGUUCACAAGUGAGAUCAGCGUGGGCGGCCGUUUGGCUUAUAAUGUUAUCAUUGGGACUUGCAGCCGGUGGGGCAUACCUCGUUUACAAAUAUAGAUUAAGGCAAUACAUGGACUCAGAGAUAAGAGCAAUAAUGGCACAGUACAUGCCAUUGGACAGCCAACCGGAGGUUCCAAACCACGUGAAUGAUGAACGUGCCUGAGUGAGAGCGGAAUGAUGAUCCAUCUAUUUAUUCCUCGUUAAGGGCUCAAGGUGACAUGUUCUUUUAACCGUUUUGGCCCUUGAUGCCUCUGUAUCUCUGUAACUCUUUUACUAAAUAGUGUCUUUGCUGAAACUUGAUGUCUUUUACUUUAAAUGGCUUAUACUUUUUUUUUACUCGUAUGUCUUUUACUUAUGUCCAUGGGACUUAUGUAAUAGGGAAACUUGAUUUAGCUUUGGAGAUUUAGAAAAGAAAGAUGAUAGAAUCAAAGUUCAGUUUGUUGGU